CUCCCAAAGCCCCUUUCUCAUGAUCCGCCAUUAGCAAGAGUCUUGUGGUGGAUUGAACGCCAGAAUGCAGAUUUUCGUCAAAACUUUGACGGGGAAGACCAUAACCCUUGAGGUUGAACCUUCAGAUACUAUUGAAAAUGUCAAGGCCAAGAUCCAAGACAAAGAAGGUAUCCCACCUGACCAGCAGAGAUUGAUCUUCGCUGGGAAACAGCUCGAAGAUGGACGCACCCUGUCUGAUUAUAACAUCCAGAAGGAGUCCACGCUGCAUCUGGUUCUGAGACUGCGCGGCGGUGCUAAGAAGAGGAAGAAGAAGUCCUACACCACCCCCAAAAAGAACAAGCACAAGAGGAAGAAGGUCAAGCUCGCCGUGCUCAAGUACUACAAGGUGGAUGAAAAUGGCAAGAUCCACCGUCUCCGCAGGGAAUGCCCCGCCGACGAGUGUGGCGCUGGUGUUUUCAUGGCCAGCCACUUUGACCGGCACUACUGCGGGAAGUGCUGUCUCACUUACUGCUUCAACAAGCCAGAGGACAAGUGAAUGAUGUGUAGUAAUCAAUAAAAAAAAUUUCACCACCCAA